UAAUUAUUUAACAAUGACGUAUUUAUUUAACAACCUUUGGGCUCAUAAUGGGUUGAAAGAUAUAAGUCUGGCUAGGCCCAAACAUUACUGAUAUAAACAAAUUUCAUUUUCCGGGUCGGGUCAUAAGAUCCGAAUUUACAAAGGCAUUCAAACUUUUACUCUCUUUGUUCAAUCAAAAACCCUAAAUCUUGUUCGAUCAGAGCAUUCGCCAUUAUUAACCCGAGUUUGAAAUCGUUGAAGAUUUGAAGACACAGAAUGGGCAAACCAAGCAAAGGAUCGGAAGUGACAACGAAGUCUGAUAAGAAGUUUGAGAAGAAGCUUCAAUUUUACACAAAGGUCAAAGAUACAGUUACUUCUUUGUCUGUCCAAAAGGAGAUUGGCAAGAAGAAGAAAAUCCGCAGCCGACAAAAGAAGCUAAAGGCGUAUGAUCUCACCAACCUGUCGGAGUUUCUUCCCGAGUUCAAUGCUCUGCAGAAAUCAGCUCUUCCUGCACCCGAGCUGAAAAUGAACUGUAAAAGGCGACAAAAGCUCGUAUUGACAGAAGGGGAGAGAUUGAAUAAGGUUCUAGACCAUCCAGCUUUUCAAGCUGAUCCAGUUGGUUCGAUAUUUCAGCACUUGCUGAGUCAACAGCCACCGGUGGAAGAGAAACCGAAGAAGAAGACUAACACUAAUGGAAGCAAGAAAAGGAAUAAGAAAAAAGGAAAGACUGAUUCCAUGGAUUUCUGAUCUUGUCCUAUAAGUUUACUUAUGUUUUGUUUUUGUUGUUUUGUUAUAGUAACAUGAUUUUGGAAAUGAAGAAUCUUCAAAUUUGAUUGUUAUUAUUGUUCAAAUUACACAAGUUUUGAUCUGUAACAAACUCGUUUACAGCUUUCCUUUAAGAACACAGUCUCGCCUGUGAGAUCUCUCUAUGCAGAUUUAUGUGAUACAGGUCUCAUGCUUGAGAUUGAUGAGUAGUAAUCUAGAAAAGAUGAUGUUCUAGAUUCAUUGCUUCGAUGAGUAAUAA